AAUUUUGAGGGGACGAACUGUAUCCUACACGACAGAAUCCGAACCAAGUAAAUUACUGAAUUGUUGAGCUCUUUCUUUAUGCAAAAUGUCGGGACGAGAAGAACUUGAUAACGUCAAUCCUACGAUUCAUGGAAAACUAGGUGAAAGACACAUCCUGCCAACUGAAGAGGAUGAUGAUGUUGCCGACGCUAUCGACACAAGAGAAGUAUUCGAUUUAAUCAGAAACAUCAAUGACCCGGAGCACCCUCUAACCUUGGAAGAGUUGAACGUUGUCCAGCAAGCAGAAGUAGAGGUUGAUGAUCCUGGUAAUGUAGUGAAGGUCACCUUCACUCCCACCAUACCCCAUUGUAGUAUGGCCACUCUAAUUGGACUUGCCAUCAGAGUGAAGCUUAUCAGGUCUUUGCCUUCUAGGUUCAAGGUUGACAUCAACAUCAAACCAGGAACGCAUGUGUCAGAAAAUGCAGUAAAUAAGCAGCUUGCUGACAAGGAGCGAGUAGCCGCUGCACUGGAGAACAACCAUCUUCUGGAAGUUGUGAAUCAGUGUUUAACUCAAAGGGACUGAUACGCUGACUACUUUGCUGAAAUAAGCAAUACUAUGUCUGCCAUGUCAGAAGGACAAUGUCUGCCAUAUCAGUAGGACAAUGUCUGCCAUAUUAGUAGGACAAUGUCUGCCAUAUUAGUAGGACAAUGCACAGUGAUGAUUAACUUCUGCCUUGAUAGAUGGUGUGAAAGACGGAUUCAUCUUGAGCUAGUUGGAGUAAUGAGUGAUAGUGGACAGCGGUAAUACUCGCAAGUUGGAAAUUGUUCAUCACUCUAAGUCCAAAAUAGAACCGAACAUGAUAAAACCAAAAUGAUGAUGGUAUAGGAGAUGAAUCUCUAUGGUCCACUGUCUAGCUCUGUAUCAGGGUAUCUCGUGAACAAUUGGAAGAAAUCCAUACCCACAGUCUUGGUUUACAUGUAUAUUGUCAUGUUCUUAUGUCCAGCAGAAGAGCAUUUACCCAGGAAUUCAUAAGACACUGAAUCAAAAGGAAUGGCUCAGCUAUUGCCCUUUUUGUGGGGGUACAUUACAUUUAAGUCCAAUUAUUUAGGUUUCGAGUUAUUAAGAGAAAUUACAAGUAUGUAAUAUUUGUUCAGACUUUGAUUUUAUUCAUGCAUUUUCAUCAGAGAGAUACUGUAUUCAAGGGGUGAAAUUACAUUUUUCCAGGUUUAAAAGAGGAUCUUGCUCCAAAGGUAACCCUUUCAGGUGCGACAAGAAACCUUUGCACGGAGUCAUGGACAGCACAAGAAAUAAGUGACACAUAUAUAUAUAUAUAUAUAUAUUUUCAAUAAAAUAUGUAUUAUUCUUUUUACUGUGAGUUCACUGUAUAACACAGAUUUUUUUUUUGGAAGAGGGACCCUAAAAAGUGCUUGAAACCAAUUUUUAGAUGGCAAGCACUUCAAAGUAGAGUAUUGUCCUUUCAAUUUCUGUGUCUUUUUCUGUUGAAAAUGUAAGAUAUUACUUUUAAUGAGUUGAAAUAAAAAUAAGUGUUCAUGUAGCAAGCUCAAUCUUAUUGAGUUCUAAGGUACAGGAAAUCAGAUUUGGUUUUGUUUGAUCAAGAGACAGUUUGUGUUACUUAAUGAAGAAAAUAAUGUGUACAUUUUCCCUGUGGCAUGCAUCCAGAGAAAAGAUUAAAGAGAAUGUUGUAUAAGAAAUAGAGUUUUAUUACAUGUAUCUAGAAAGAAAUUGUAUAGAUAUAUAUUGUAGACGAGUGAAGAUUUUAUUUUGAAUCGGAGCAUGUGUGCUGUUGACAGACUAGUCGACAGCUUACAGACUCCUACAUGUAUGUACAUGUAUUUUGUUUAGUGAAGGUUAUCAUGUCGGCUGUACAGCUGCAGGGCAAGCUUAGAGUUCCUCUCUUAAUUUUUUUGACCAGCUUUAAUUAAUUUUCAAAUAUUGGUUCAAAGUGUUUUUGUUUCAUUAUACAUGUAUUUUUACUAGAUAGCAGAUAGUUGUGCGAAGCUGUUUUGUCCUCCUAUAAUGCAUUCAGAGCAAACUAACAGGGUAAUCUAACCUACCAAGUGUGUUAUAAUUUAAUUGGUAUAAAAGCAGAAACAAAGAGAGGAACAGAAUGGCGAAAAUAUGAAAUGUUGUUUGUCUGAAUGUUUGAAAUAUGACCUAUAUUACCAACAUACUAACAAGCAUACAUGUAUGCCAAAUCGCUUAAUACCUGAAUCUUUAAACACCUGUUUGUUUGUUUCUGAAACAUAACUCUAUUUAUUAAAGAUUUGUCCAUUCGGCACACAUUUUGUGAAGUUCGCUAUUCUGAUACACUUACUAAAACCUUUUUAUUUUAUUUUAUUGUCGCAGCAUCUGAAACUGCAAGAUUGUAUGAUGAAAAUAAAAUAAAAUGUAUGAUUGUAUUUUUAUGA